AUGAAUAGAAAAUUUUAUUUUUAUCCUUUAAAUCAACAAAUUAUUCAAUUACCUAAAAUAAUAUAUGAUAUAAUAGAAUGUAUUUUAAAAAGAUUAAUAUCAAAUAUAUCACUUGAACAACUUUCAAUACUUCGUUCUUGUUUACCAAAUUUUAUUUAUCAACUUUUUCAACAAAAACCUAAUUUAAUUCCACAAAAUAUUAUUGAUUGGAUUGUUCAAGGAAUUCAAAUAUAUAACAAAUCUAAAUAA